ACUUGGCCUUUGUGAACCUCAUUAUGUUCACACAGACCCAAUCCUCAAGCCUGUCCCAGUCUCUAUUAAAGAAACAAGAGUCAUGGCUUCACAAGGCUGUAAAGUUGGAUCAGUCCUACAAUACCUGCUUACAUUCAGAAACCAAAACCAUGCAUUCUGGUUCUGUAAUCAUUUUACUAGAUUUAUUUAUUUUAAACAACAGGCCAGUUGUCUUCACAACACCAGAAGAUCAUUGAAUGAGUGAUUUGUUUUGCUGUCCUCUCAGUAGACAAUUGUGGUGUAAUAGUUAAAACGAGAUUAUGAUCCACUUUGUUCCUUUGAAAUGCCUAAAACCAAAAUGUUAACAAGAUGAACAAGGAACUAGAACGUAACAAGAUCAACAAGGAAGACAAAACUGUAUGAGAUCUUUUUGGGAUUCAUUAGAGAGAAGCUUUGAGUAGGCGGGAACAGAGUUGACAUCGGAGAGAAGGAAAGGGAAGUGUAUAGUACUAUAUUUCUAAAUUUAUUCACUGCUUAACACACAGACACAGAACCUGACAGGACAAGACUCAGGUCUUCUCUCUCACGGGAUCACAGUCUCUCUAUCAGAAAACAACAUCAAGAAGGUACUACUGAACAGGCUAUAGCAAUGGAACAGGUUUCAGCAUCAAUUGGCAACUUUACAGUUGAUCUUUUCACCAAGCUGAAUGAGACCAAUAGGGACAAAAACAUUUUCUUUUCCCCUUGGAGUAUAUCAUCUGCUCUUGCCCUGACAUAUCUGGCUGCAAAAGGCAAUACAGCAAAAGAGAUGGCAAAGGUUCUUCAUUUCACUAAAGCUGUAGAAGCUGUAAGCUCUGUGGCCAGACCUUCUCGGGGGAGACCAAAAAGAAGAAGAAUGGACCCUGAGCAUGAGCAAGCUGAAAACAUCCACUCUGGAUUCAAAGAGCUCCUGACCGCCUUCAACAAACCCAGAAACACCUACUCACUGAGAAGUGCCAACCGUAUCUAUGUGGAAAAAACCUAUCCAUUGCUGCCUACAUAUAUACAGCUCAGUAAGAAAUACUACAAGGCAGAGCCAAAGAAGGUUAACUUUAAGACAGCACCGGAACAAACCAGAAAGGAAAUCAACACCUGGGUGGAAAAACAAACUGAGAGUAAAAUCGAGAAUUUGCUGAGUUCGGAUGAUGUGAAAAGCAUAACCAAGUUAAUCUUAGUCAAUGCCAUUUAUUUCAAGGCAGAAUGGGAAGUGAAAUUUCAGGCAGGACACACAUCUAUGCAACCCUUCCGACUGAGCAAGAACAAGUCCAAGCUCGUGAAGAUGAUGUAUAUGAAAAACACAUUUCCAGUUCUUAUAAUGGAAAAAAUGAACUUCAAAAUGAUUGAGCUUCCAUAUGUGAAACGUGAACUCAGUAUGUUCAUCCUACUUCCUGAUGACAUCAAAGAUGGCACUACUGGUCUUGAGCAGCUGGAAAGAGAACUCACCUAUGAGAAGCUGUCGGAAUGGGCUGAUUCAAAGAAGAUGACAGAAACUCUUGUAGAUCUGCACCUGCCUAAGUUCUCACUGGAGGACAGAUAUGACCUCCAUGAUACUCUGAAGAACAUGGGAAUGACAAGUGCCUUCAGCUUCCAAGCUGAUUUCAGAGGGAUGACUGAUAAGAGGGAUUUGUGUAUUUCCAAAGUCGUUCAUCAGUCUUUUGUUGCAGUUGAUGAGAAAGGCACUGAGGCAGCUGCUGCUACUGCUGUAAUUGUAUCAUUAACAGCUACAGCUAUCAACUAUGCUCUGACAUUUAAGGCUGAUCACCCUUUCCACUUCUUCAUCAGACACAACAAAUCCAAAACGAUCCUGUUUUUUGGCAGACUCUGCUGCCCAGUAGAAUGAAUUAUUCCUCAUUUCCAGAGGGAUCCAAAGUUCACUUUUCAAACGAAAAACGUGAACUGUAGUGUUAAAAGCUCAGCCUUCAACGUAUAGCCAUAAGUACUGGAAAUAUAUGUCUUUUUUCUUAAGUAAGGCAGCACCCAGACACCACCAUGUGCCUCAAAGAUUGUCUCUCUACUGCUCCUUUCCAUUAUGCCAAUGAAAUUGCCUUUCAUAGAAAGCAAAUGCUUGAUGUAUAAUUGCUAAACUCUGAUCACCUUGCAUUUUGUCUUUAUUUCUCUGAACGCUCAAGACUGAGGUUGAUAAGCAUCCCAACCAGCAAUAAGACCAAGAAAACUACAGCAACAUGCCUUAUUGCUACCUCUUAUUGAAAUGUGAUCUAAACAAUUCAAAUCUGCAUUCUAUUUUCAAUUUAAUGUAAUUGUAUCUGUUUCCUGGCUAACAUCUGCACAGUUUCCUUGCUACCUGGAUCAUUGAUAAAUGUAUGAUUUGUAACUUAUGAGUGCCUUUCAGCUAAGAUAGUCCCGGUAUUGACAGAAACACCAGUAAGAUUUUUAUGCAUGUUUCACUUCAUUAUUUUCCCAUGAUCUACAUUUACAAUAAUAAAUGAAUUUGGAACUGUG